AUGAGGGUGAAGACCAUCUGCUUGCUGGUCCCCUUCACUGGGGUCCUCCUGGUGACUGCCCCGGGGAGCAGAGCCUGUCCCCGCCGCUGCACCUGCUAUGUGUCCACAGAGGUGCACUGCACAUUUCGGUACCUGACUUCCAUCCCAGAGAGCAUUUCACCAAACGUGGAACGCAUCAAUUUAGGGUACAACAGCUUGGUUAGAUUGACGGCAAUGGAUUUUUCUGGCCUGAGCAAGUUGGAGCUGCUCCUGCUGCACAGCAAUGGCAUCCACACCAUCGCCGAUAGGACCUUCUCGGAUCUGCAGGCGCUGCAGGUCUUAAAAAUGAGCUAUAACAAAGUUCGAAAACUUGAGAAAGAUACUUUUCAUGGCCUCAGGAGCCUGACCCGGCUGCACAUGGACCACAACAACAUUGAGUUCAUAAACCCCGAGGCUUUCUAUGGGCUCAGUUCUCUCCGCCUGCUGCAGUUGGAAGGGAACCAGCUCACUAAGCUCCAUCCAGAUACCUUUGUGUCUCUGCGUUUCCUCCAGAUGUUUAAGACAUCCUUCCUCAAGUACCUGUACUUGUCUGACAACUUCCUGCCCUCCCUCCCUCAGGAGAUGCUCUCCUACAUGCCUGCCCUAGAGAGCCUCUAUCUGCACGGGAACCCGUGGGUCUGUGACUGCCAUCUGAGGUGGUUGUCUGACUGGAUGCAGGAGAAGCCAGAUGUAAUAAAAUGCAAAAAAGACAGAGGUCCCUCUGGUCUGCAGCUGUGUCCCGCUUGCAUGAACCCCCAGAGUAUUAAGGGCAGGCCCUUUGCUCUGGUCCCAGCUGCCACUUUCCUGUGUGUGAAGCCAACCAUCAACCCGUCCUUGCAAUCAAAGAGACCGAUUGUUCCAGAAGACGAUGGUUCUGCCUCCGUCUCUCCCCGAGACUUCCUGGCACCCCUCGGUUCCCUAACUCUGAAUAUGACAGACCAGUUUGGAAACAAAGCUAACGUGGCCUGCAGCGUUCAGAAGCCCUCGAGGACACGGCCCAUGGUGUUCACUGAAGAAAACAACCACAUCUUCCUCAAUAUGUCACUUUCAACAUUCCUGGUGUGCGACGUGGAUCCCAGUGACAUUCAGCCAGUGUGGCACAUUCUGGCUUUGUACAGUGAUGCCCCUCUGACACUGGAAAGGAACCGCUUGCCCCCUGAAACACUGCAGCUGCGCUACAAAUACAGACAGGUGGCACCUAAGCCCGAAGACAUCUUUACUAACGUGGAGGCCGACCUCAGAGCGGAUCCCUCGUGGUUGAUGCAGAACCGGAUCUCUUUGCAGCUGAACAGAACUGCGACCACCCUGGGGACAUUACAGAUCCAGUAUGCAAGUGAGGCUCAAGUCACUUUACCAGCCACAGCGGGGGAGCCAGGGACACACAAGUGGACUAUGAUUUCAAGGAAUAACGACACCAAGCUGGAGCACACCGUCCUGGUUGGUGGCACCAUUGCUCUGGACUGCCCAGGCCAAGGGGAACCCAGCCCACACUUGGAGUGGCUUCUAGCCGAUGGGAGCAAAGUGAGGGCCCCCUAUGUUAGUGAGGAUGGACGAAUUCUGAUAGACAAAGGUGGAAAGCUGGAACUCCAGAUGGCCGAUGGUUCUGACUCAGGCAUGUACCACUGCGUAAGUACCAAUUACGGUGAUGCAGACGUCCUCAGCUACAGGAUCACCGUGGUAGAGCCCCGCAUGGAGCCUCUUCCUGAACAGGGGUUUCAUCACACGGUUUUUGCUGGUGACACGCUCGAUCUCCCAUGCCAUGCUACAGGGACCCCAGACGCCUCUGUUAGCUGGGUCCUUCCAGGAAGCUCUGUCCUCCAUCAGUCCUCAGGAGGAAAGCAAAUUCUUAACAACGGCACAUUGAGAAUCCCACAGGUCACCCCAGAAGAGCAAGGUCAGUAUUGCUGUGUAGCAGCCAACCCAUCGGGGGUGGAUUUUCUGCUUUAUCAAGUUUCAGUCAAAAUGAAAGGUCAAAGGCCAUCAGAGCAGGAGAGGGACGCAGAUGGAUCUGGACUCGGAGAGCCUAGUCCCAGCACUCACCCUCGGGAGUCUGCGAUUGGCGGGCUCCCUCCGUCUGCUCCCUCGGGGACUCAGGCUAGGAGACCAGUCUCCAGAGCAAGUAAGAAUGACAGAGGGGGGUUCACCCCGCUGCUGCGGGGAGGGUCAGCACACCGAGGCCUGAGGGAGCAUAGGAGGCACUUCCCCCCCUCUGCACGGAGGAUUGAUCCACGACACUGGGCAGCGCUUUUGGAGAGAGCUAAAAAGAAUACUGUGCCAGAAAAACGGGAAAGCACCACGGCAGGGCCACCCAUGCCAGGCUCCCGGCUCCUGAGCUCACCUGGCGAGGAAGAGGGCUCUUCGGGUGUGCUCCCCCCAGAAGAGGAGUCUGCAGGCCCCACAGCAGCUCCCAGUGCUGUGGCAAGGGUGGAGGCUGCUGGCCCUGGAGCAAUGGCCCCGAGCCUUGUGGCCAACAGAGCCUCUGACACAGAAGCCUCCCCCAUGGCGAGUCCACCUGUGCAGCCUGAAAACCCUACAGGUUUCAAGCAGUCUACCACUUCUAAAACCACAGCCACACCCGAGGACCUAGAUCCAAGUAGAUCAAGCCUAAUGCACAGUGCAGCCACCCAAAAUCCAGCCCCUCUCUCUCCACCGAUGCCCAGAACGACUGAAUUUCAGGACUCUGAGCAGACGGGGAGGUACGAGCAUUUUCAAAGGGCUCCUCCAACAACACGGAGGACUGUGACCAGAGAUGCCCUCAUCAAAACGCUUAGUAGCAAUAACAGAGCUGAUGUGGUCUUAGAGUCAGUAAAUACCACAGCCGGCCACCAGACACCGGUGACGGGAGCCAGUGAACCCAGGAGCAAUCACUUCUAUUCUUACACUCUGCAAGGACUUAGCACCUCUAGGCUCCCUUCAGAGCCACACGUUACUGCUGAUCCUUCAUUUCAGGUUCCUAGAAGUAGCACUGCUGGCACCCCACUCCCCAGACGCUUUGGGCGGCGCAGGAAAACUUGGGGCAGAGGGCGAAUUAUUAGCCCAUACAGGACUCCAGUUCUCCGACGGCAUGGAUAUGGCAUGGUGGGGCCUGCAGUCCGGGGCUCUGCUGAGGAAAGCACUACCACACCUUCAGCCUCAGAGCUCCCUGUGAGGUGCCUAUCCUGUCCUCCCACAGAGGCACUGGCCUCUGCUACAACAGUGACGUCUUCUCUAGGUCCUCCCCCCAGCACCCACCCCAACGUUGAUGUCGCCAGAGUCACAGCAGAUCUGUCCACAACUCUAGCCCAGAAUCCUUCAUUAUCUGAGAACAAACCAGAGGUGGAUGUUGAUAAAACAUCACCCACAAUAAAAUAUGUCAGUGCUGAAAGUAGCCACGGGGCCCCCACUGCAGCCACGACUCCUGCCCUCACCUCCAUACCUCUGAAUCAACCUCUCCUAGCAGAUAAUGGUUCCCUGAGUGUAUCCACCACCAGCGAAGCCAGAGGACAGUCGGGGAUUACACCACCUCUUCCAGGUCCCGUCACCAAGCCACCAGUGCCCACGGCUCUGCCCACUACAAGAUUCUCAAUAAGGAAAAUCCCCUGGCAUCAGAUCUUUGUAAAUAACUAUAAACAAAAAGGGAUAUUAAAGAAUCUGCGUACGUUUGGUUUACAGAAAAGCAAAGCUACGAUGCUUCCUAGAAUAUCUCCUACUCUACCCACAAAUCACAUUCCCCCCUUCCCUCCUGCGACGUUCUCGGCAAGGCUAAUGCAAAUUCCACCCGUAACACUGGCUGCCACCCACCAUAGCACCAGCGAAACCCCCAGAUCUGGACACCGCCCCACAGGGAGGGAGCUGCCCUUCCCAUCCUCCCACUCCCUGCUUCCCACUCCCACCCCCAGAGAAUCGAGCACAUCUGGCUUCCAACCAGUGCAAACAGCCACCCUGACAGGUGCCCCCGCUGCUCCCACAUCUGUCAUUAUCUAUAAGACCCAAGCAACAGGACCCAGGUCCCCAGAAUAUCCAGGAGAACAGGAGCCUCAGAGGAACAGGAAUGACCCGAGCACCUCUCCAGGCCAGAGUGCUGGCCUGCCUCUCUCCGCUGCAGUGACACCUGUUCCAGCCGUAGCUGAAACUUCCCUUGAGCCUGGCGUCUCUGCUUUCACUCCCCCACCACUGGAAGACACAGGUGGGAUUUCAAGCACAACUGGUCUUCACUCAAGAACCCUUCCCCUGACAGGUGUACCUGAAGGGCCACCCCAAGAGACCACCCAGACUCCGAGGAGCACAAUUGCUUCCGAAAUGUCAGAGUCCAGCAAGUCGCCCCAAAGUACCACAGCCAGGAAAACCAGCGUUGAACCCUCGACCAGGCCACCAUUCCUGAGCAGCCAUGGUCCUCUAGUACCGAUUCCUACCUCCCUGCCCCCCACGCAAACUGCAGUUAUUGACAGAUUGGCAACUCCCGUCUUCAAGAUGAGAACGGACACAGUGGUCACCUUGAACAAGUCCUCGAGGCAUGAUGCUGACCUACAACAAUUAGCAGCAGGGGUCACAGCACCUCCCCAGCAGCCAGAUGCCAAACUUGUGACUGGCGCGGCCCACUUUACCUACCCCAGCUGGGGACGCCCUACUCUCACCCCGAGACCGAGACCAAUGACAAUUAAGUCGCAAGAUUCCAAAUGGACUCCCUUGUCCUGGCCAGAAAACCAGUUUGGGCCCAAGUCAUACCAAGAAAUUGCAGGCAAAGGUAAAAAUCCAGUCCCAAGUGAGUUGCCCACUCUGAGCUUACCAGAGGCCACCUCUCAGACUUCAAUCUGGGAUGGACAGAAGACGGAUAAGACAGCUAGUCAAAAAAUCACAACUUUCCAGCUCCUUCCCUCGGACUCUUUGUUGAGGAGUAUGUUUGAAAAGCCCAGAAUAGUUGGAGGAAACGCUGCCAGCUUCACGGUUCCUGCGCAUUCGGAUGCCUUUCUCCCCUGCACAGCCGUUGGGAACCCCCCGCCCACUGUCCACUGGACCAGAGUCUCAUCAGGACUUGAAUUGUCAAAGAGGAAACAGAAUAGCAGGUUCCAGGUACACCCCAAUGGCACACUGUCUAUCCAGAGGGUCAGCAUUCAGGACCGUGGACAGUACCUUUGCUCAGCGUCCAACCCAUUUGGCACGGACCACCUUCAUGUCACCUUGUCCGUGGUUUCCUAUCCCCCCAGGAUCCUGGAGAGACGCACUGAAGAGAUCACGGUCUAUUCUGGAAGCACCGUGGAGCUGACAUGCAGAGCAGAGGGUAGGCCCAGUCCUACGGUCUCCUGGAUUCUUGCAAACCAGUCAGUGGUCUCCGAGUCAUCCACAGGAAAUAGACAGGCCCUGGUGACCGCCGACGGAGCGCUGGUCAUCCGCAAGCUGAGCAUUUACGACCGCGGCUUUUACAAGUGUGUGGCCAGCAACCCCGCUGGCCAGGAUUCACGGCUGGUUAGGGUACAAGUCAUCGCAGCUCCCCCGGUCAUUCUAGAGCAGAAGAGGCAAGUCCUCGUGGGGCGUCGGGGGGAGAGCUUGGAACUGCCCUGCACUGCAGAAGGGACUCCUCAGCCCCUCGUUCACUGGGUCCUCGCGGACGGCACUGAAGUAAAACCCCUGCAGGCCUCUAGUGCCAAGUGGUUCUUAGGUGCCAAUGGGACUCUGCACAUCAGCAACCUCGCCCCUGCUGACAGGGGCACUUACGAGUGCAUUGCCACCAGCUCCACUGGCUCAGAGAGGAGGGUGGUGACCCUCAGAGUGGAGGGGCAGGAGACCAGCCCCAGAAUAGAGGUUGCCUCCCCAAGGUGGACAGAGGUGAACCUGGGGGAUGAACUGCUACUGAACUGCUCAGCUGCUGGGGAGCCCACACCCAAGAUAAUCUGGAGGCUUCCGUCCAGGGCGGUGGUCGACCAGUGGCACAGGAUGGGCAGCCGACUCCACGUCUACCCAAACGGGUCCCUGUUUAUUGGAUCUGUGACAGAAAAAGACGGUGGUGACUACUUGUGCGUGGCCAGGAACGGCGCGGGGGACGACCUGACCCUGAUGCACGUCAGCCUGAGGCUGAAGCCCGCCAAGAUCCACCACAAGCCACACUUUAGAAAGCAAGUGCUCCAGGGGCGGGACUUCCAGGUGGACUGCAAGGCCUCCGGCUCCCCCGAGCCUGAGAUCUCCUGGAGUCUGCCGAACGGACGAAAGAUCAACCAGGCUGUGCCAGCCUGGGACAGCGGCCACAGGGCCCGCAGGUACACCCUUUUUGACAACGGGACCUUGUACUUCCACAAAGUCGGGAUCACUGAGGAAGGAGACUACACGUGCCAUGCCCAGAACACCCUGGGGAAGGACGAAAUGAGGGUCCACCUCACCGUGCUCACAGCCGCCCCUCGCAUAAGGCGGGGGUACCAGACCAAUGUGAGGCUCCGAGCUGGGGACACGGCCGUCCUCGACUGUGAGGUUGUGGGGGAGCCCAAGCCAGGGACGUUCUGGGUGCUGCCAUCUGGCGACACGAUUUCCUCCUCCAGGGGUAGGUACACGGUUCACGCGAAUGGGUCUCUGUCCGUCAGCAAGGUGAGGACGCUGGAUUCUGGAGAGUAUGUGUGUGUGGCCCAGAACCCCAGUGGGCAUGACACCGAGACAUACACAGUGGCCGUCGACUGCAGGCCCCCAAUGAUCAACGGCAUCUAUGCCAACAAGACGGUCACGAAAGCCACGGCCGUGAGGCAUUCCAAAAAGCACCUGCACUGCAGAGCCGAAGGGACGCCACCGCCCCAGGUCACGUGGGUCAUGCCGGACAGCAUCGUCCUCACGGCCCCGUACUACGGCAGCAGAGUCACAGUCCAUGCCAACGGAACCCUGGAAAUCCGGAACGUGAGGCUUUCCGACUCUGCCAACUUCAUCUGUGUGGCUCGGAACGAAGGGGGAGAGAGCAAGCUGGUGGUGCGGUUAGAGGUCCUGGAGAUGCUCAGGAGACCCACUUUCAGAAACCCCUUGAAUGAAAAAGUGGUUGCCCAGCUGGGACAGCCCACAGCACUGAACUGCUCUGUGGAUGGCAACCCGCCUCCUGAAAUAAUCUGGAUUCUCCCCAACGGCACCCAGUUUUCUAACGGACCACACCUCUCUCCAUAUCUGGUAGCAAGCAAUGGCUCCUUCCUCAUUCAUAAGACAACUCGGAAAGAGGCAGGAAGAUAUCGGUGUGCAGCUAGGAACCAAGUGGGCUACAUUGAGAAACUGAUCAUACUAGAGAUUGGGCAGAAGCCCGUUAUUGUGACGUACGCACUAGGGACUGUAAGGGGCCUUGGUGGGGAAUCUCUAUGGCUGCAUUGUGUCUCUGAUGGAAUCCCAAAGCCACACAUCAAAUGGACCAUGCCAGGUGGUUCUGUGCUAGACAGGCCUCAAAGUAAUGGCAAGUACACCCUGCACGAAAAUGGCACCUUGGUCAUCAAGGAAGCAACGGCCCACGACGGGGGGAAUUAUAUUUGUCGGGCACAAAACAGCGUUGGCCAGGCACUGAUCACUCUUCCAGUGAGGAUUGUGGCCUACCCGCCCCGAAUCACAAACCGCCCUCCCAGGAGCGUCCUCACAAGGACAGGAGUGGCCUUUCAGCUCCACUGUGUGGCUCUGGGAGUCCCCAAGCCGGAAGUCACCUGGGAAAUGCCUGUCCACUCCCAGCACUCAAGGGCAAGAGAAGGGAGGAGCCAGGGGGGCGAGCAGCUUCACCUGCAAGGCACCCUAGUCCUUCCGAAUCCCCAGACCUGGGACUCGGGGCUGUACAGGUGCACAGCCAGGAACGCCCUCGGUAGUGACUCCGCAGCAACUUACAUUCAAGUCAUCUGA